CGCGAGGCGAGGCGGGCGGCGGCCGGGGGCCGCGAAAAUUCUGAGCUGUGUCGCUCUAUCAAAUGAGAUCUUCGUUCAGAAGAAGACAGUAGAGUCUCCAACAAAUAAGUUUGGCUGUUCACCAUGAGGUUAGCAAAGCCGAAAGGAGGAAUUUCUCGAAGUUCAAGCCAAGGAAAAGGCUAUGAAAACAAGCGCAAAACAGUCUGCCAGCGGCAGAAGUGGGGAAUGACCAUUCGAUUCGACACAGGCUUGAGUAGACUUAGAAGAAGCUUAGAUGAGAAGCCCUAUAAAUGCACUAAAUGUGAAAAGAGUUUCAGCCAGAGUUCAACUCUUUUUCAGCACCAGAAGAUCCAUACUGGAAAGAAAUCCCAUAAAUGUGCUGAUUGUGGGAAAAGUUUCUUUCAGAGUUCUAAUCUCAUACAACAUCGGCGGAUCCAUACUGGUGAAAAGCCCUACACGUGUGAUGAGUGUGGAGAAAGGUUUAAACAGAGCUCAAAUCUCAUUCAGCACCAGAGAAUUCAUACUGGAGAAAAGCCCUACCAGUGUGAUGAAUGUGGCCGUUGUUUCAGCCAGAGUUCCCACCUUAUUCAGCAUCAGAGAACCCACACUGGGGAGAAGCCCUACCAGUGCAGUGAAUGCGACAAAUGCUUCAGCCAGAGCUCUCAUCUGAGGCAGCACAUGAAGGUGCACAAGGAAGAGAAGCCCCGUAAAUCCCGGGGUAAAAAUACCAGGGCAAAGACUCACUUGGUGUCCUCUUGGAAAGCUGGUACUGGAAGGAAGUCAGUGGCUGGUCUCCGCCAAGUGAAGGGUACUGCUUCAGCCCUCUUUAAGAAAAAAAAAUGAAAGGUAAAGAUGAAAGCUGUCCCUUUUAGAAUUGGGUAUGCUUUAUAGUAGAGCACUUAGAUACUGAUCCCUCUGUUGCAUGGAAACUUUGGGAGUUGAAUGACAUUAGUGGGCUGAAACUACAGAAGUCCAGCUACCCUCAUUUCUUUUUUAUAUGACAUGGAGCACAAGGAACUGAAACUGUUUUGAGAGAAUAUAGGAUCCUUGACCUCCGGUUGAAAUUGCUUCCUGCAUCAUUUUGAUAAAAAGCAUAAUGUUUUCAUGACUCACUUGUAAAAGUGCAGACAUGUCAAUAAUUACUCAGUUUAGGACUUUCUGUAGAAGGAAUAAUUAAAAGCAAGGAAUUAAUUUCAUUAGUUUGAGGUUCUGCAACAGACUAGGAGAUUUUGUUUGUAAUGUUUUGUAUGAUAACCAUUAGUUUAUAAGUGUGACUCAAAAUUCAACAUAAUGAAAUGUAUUCACAUUCACAGAUUUUUAAUCAAGGCCCAUCUUGUAUUAGAUUGUUUUUGUUUCUUCCCUUCUACUUAUGGACAGUUAUAAUUAAAGGAGCAAGAAGACCUAUUUUUCAUCACAUUCUUAAUAAGCAAUCCUAAGGAAUCCAAAGUGAGAACCGAAUUAGAUCACAAGACUCCGAUUCCUGUCAAUACCAUUCUUUGUUAUAGGGUAACUGACAUGUCAACUGCUUUCUGAAAAUUGGUAUGGAUUUAUUUUGAUCCAUGCCCAUGGCCUCUUGGCAUUAACUUUUCUCUGACAAACUAAGCCAGCCUUUCAGACAGGAAUAGAUAUCAUGUUUUACCAAAAGAAUCACAGCUUGCUUCUGGAUUUUAAAAAAAUCUACAAUUUACAGGCCUCUUUGCCUUCAAGAUGCAGAGCUUUUGGUAACACUGGUUAUCUUAGACAAAUGUUUUAUCUACAGCAAAAGUCAUUUAAUAUGUCAAUACAUUGUAGGUCCUUUGCAAUUUAACUUUUUCUACAUUAUAUGAAUUCCUUAAGAAGGGUAACAAACAUGUUUCUUAAUUUCCAUCAGAACAAUGCCAAGACUGGCGCUCCUGGUGGUGCACACUGGUAUUCACCUCCUUAGGAGACCAUGGUACAAAGAUCAUGAUCCUCGGCCAGCCCAAGCAAAAGUUUAAGACCCUAUCCGUAAAAAAACUAAAAAGCAAAAAGACUGGGUGUGGCAUAAGUGGUAGAACUUUUGCAAGCACUUGCCUGGCAAGCAAAGGGCCCUGAGUUCAAUUCCUAGUACCACCAAGACAAGCAAAACCAGUGCCAACUGUCACAUUUCUGAUCAUUUAACUCAGGUUUUAAUUCUAUUGACUGCUAACAUUCUUUUGAUUUUUUUUAGUAUCUUUUAUAAUCAUGUCAGUUCCUGGUGUAUUAGUAACA